UUGCGCAGAGGAGGUCGAAGGUCAGAGGUCGUGAAGGCGUAAUGGCGGCGCUGUGUCGCACUAGUGCCGUGGCGGUGCACAGCCGUUGUCUGCGAGUGUUUCUCUUCUCAAGGCGCUGUCGAAGCGCGGGCACUGAGAGUGGCCUCGAGAGCGGGGAUUCUGACUCCUCAGAGCCAAAGACGCGCCCAGGGGGGUUCGCGAGCGCGUUGGAGCGGUUCUCGGAGCUGCAGCGGAAGGCGGAGCUCGGGCGGGAGUCUCCAGAAAAUGUGGAAUCCUUUGCAUCCAUGCUGAGACGCUCUCCUCUUACACAGAUGGGACCCGCCAAGGAUAAAUUGGUCAUUGGAAGAAUCUUUCAUAUUGUGGAGGAUGAUCUUUACAUAGAUUUUGGUGCCAAGUUUCAUUGUGUUUGUAAAAGACCAGAAGUGGAUGGAGAGAAAUACCAGAAAGGAACCAGGGUCCGGCUGCGGCUGUUAGACCUUGAGCUCACUUCCAGGUUCCUGGGAGCAACCACAGACACAACUAUCCUAGAGGCGGAUGCAGUUCUCUUAGGACUCCUGGACAGCAGAGAUUCAAGAUCUAAAGAGGAACGUACUGAAAAAUAAAUAAACUUUGCUUAGUGCAUUCACUCCUCCUUUGGGGAGCCCAGCUUUGCAACAAGAAUGAAACUAGAAAAUUGUGACUAAUGGUUGAAGGGGCUGUAAUAAAUAAACGGUGUAAUUACA